AUGGCUCAUGCUAGAUACGAAAUUCUAGUGAAGGAAGAGAAGGCUGUUGUGGGCUCUAACAGUGGCCAUGAAGUUCCAAAUUUGAGUUUUGUUGGAAAAGAUCUUGAAGCAGCUCUGGAUUCUUUUGACAACCUAUUUUGUCGUAGAUGUCUUGUUUUGAUUGCAGGCUACAUGGAUGUUAGCAGGACCUUGUGUUUCCAGCUGAUUAAACAGCCUCCAUCAUACCAUUUGGACGUGGAUAAUAUGCCAUGUGGCCCACAUUGCUUUCGAUCGGUUCUGAAGUCAGAAAGAAUUGCUGUAGGUAGCUCCCCAGUGAAGGUUAAUAUUGAAGAAAAAUCUGUCUCAUCAUCUGAUUGUGCUGGGGCUGAGACAUCAUCCAGGAAGAAAUCGUCAGUUCUGUCUGCUAGGAGACGGGUGAAGUCCUACCAAAGUGAAAGUGCUUCGUCAAAUGCAAAAAACAUUUCUGAAAGCAGUGACUCAGAGGUUGGGCCCAAGCCAGAUAGCACUGCUACCAGUUCAUCACCCUCAAAAACUAAGGUUGUUGGAAAAUAUGGAAUACGUAAAAGGAAUAGCAAGCGAGUUGCUGAACGUGUUCUUGUUUACAUGCAAAAGAGACAGAAGAAAAAUGCAGCUUUUGAUUCUGAUUCCACUGUGAGUGGAGUUCCUCCACCUAGUGAUAUGAAACUUAGAUCUUAUUCACGCAGAGAAAAUGAAGAUGCUAAUUCCUCUUCACAUACGAAUGUUAAAUGUCCAAACUCUGGAAGGACUAGGAAGAAGGGAGUACAGGAUAGCCGCAAUUUAGUGCAGGGUGAAGUUGCCAAUGUUCUAUUGUCUGAGAUGAUUACUGACCCACCUGCAACCAGCAGCAAUGACACCUUUAGGAAAGAAGAGUAUGUGGAUGAAAACAUGUGUAAACGAGAACUAAGUGAUGAUAAAUCUUGGAAAGCUGUUGAAAAGGGUCUUUUUGAUAAAGGUGUUGAAAUCUUUGGCAGGAACAGUUGUCUAAUAGCUAGGAACCUAUUAAAUGGAUUGAGGACUUGUUGGGAGGUUUUCCAGUACAUGACUAACUCUGAGAAUAAACUCUUUGGCGAAGGUGAUGCUGCAAAUUCUCUCCUUGAAGGCUAUUCUAAGUUUGAUUUAAAUGGAAAUAUGGGUAACAAUGAAGUAAGAAGAAGAUCAAGAUUUUUACGUAGGAGAGGUAGAGUACGUCGCCUGAAGUAUACUUGGAAAUCUGCUGCUUACCAUUCAAUUAGGAAACGCAUUACUGAGAGAAAAGACCAGCCAUGCAGGCAAUACAAUCCAUGUGGCUGCCAAACUGCUUGUGGAAAGCAGUGCGCUUGCCUUCUAAAUGGAACCUGCUGUGAAAAGUAUUGUGGAUGUCCCAAAAGCUGCAAGAAUCGAUUUAGAGGCUGUCAUUGCGCUAAAAGUCAAUGCCGAAGUCGUCAGUGUCCAUGUUUUGCGGCAGACAGGGAAUGUGAUCCUGAUGUUUGUAGGAACUGUUGGGUCAGUUGUGGUGAUGGUACUCUCGGAAUUCCUGACCAAAAAGGUGAUAACUAUGAAUGUAGGAACAUGAAGCUUCUCCUCAAACAACAACAAAGGGUUUUACUUGGUAGAUCCGAUGUUUCUGGGUGGGGAGCUUUCUUGAAGAAUAGUGUUGGAAAGCAUGAAUAUCUUGGUGAAUAUACUGGAGAGCUGAUUUCACAUCGAGAAGCAGACAAGCGUGGAAAGAUAUAUGAUCGUGAAAAUUCAUCAUUUCUCUUCAAUCUCAAUGAUCAGUUUGUUCUUGACGCUUAUCGGAAGGGUGACAAAUUGAAGUUUGCAAAUCAUUCUCCAGAUCCAAACUGCUAUGCUAAGGUCAUCAUGGUUGCUGGGGAUCAUCGGGUGGGCAUUUUCGCCAAGGAGAGAAUUAGUGCUGGUGAGGAACUUUUCUAUGAUUAUCGUUAUGAGCCAGACCGAGCUCCUGCUUGGGCUAGAAAGCCUGAGGCAUCUGGGUCAAAAAAGGAUGACGCUGCUCCAUCAAGUGGUCGUGCUAAGAAGCUUGCUUAGUAUAAGCAUUUAUUAUGAAACUCAAAAGUUAAAAUUUUCACAUUCUUUUAACAGGUAGAAGCAUCAUUCUCAUUAACCUUGGAGAAAAGUGUCUUCUCCAUCAUUUUGUUGUUGGAGAUGCAAUUGUCAUCUCCAUGGAUAAUUUAAUUCAAUUCUUACUUUGAUUUAUGUUUAUCCCAUUGCAGACUCAGCCACUAACGUAAGGAAAUUAGUUUCAUUGGAUAAAGGGCAAUAGAAAAAGCAGUAUUAUUGACUA